CUCUGUGCAAAAACACGCACUCACACAGAGGCAAAGCAGUAGUGGAGAGAGACCAAACAACCUUCUCCAUCCUCGGGUACUUCCAGCUUCCAGCAUCCAUCCUCUUCUUCCUCAUCAUUAGUGGAAUCCAACGUCUGUAACUUCGGAGCCAUUAGAACAUCAGACAGCAUCCAUGGCUCCAACGAUGCUGGAGGACGGAGCCCAGCCCGUCACGGUCCCAGCAGGUGUUGCAGUGGUGAGCGUCUUCGGACUUGUCUUCACCGCUUCGGCCUUUGCAUGGAUCUGCUGCCAGCGCAAAAACACCAAAAGCCAAAAGACACCCCCGUACAAGUUUGUGCACAUGCUCAAAGGGGUGGACAUCUACCCCGAGAGCCUCAGCAGCAAGAAAAAGUUUGCUGCAUCUGCCGCCGCGCUGGCCAAAGAAGCUAGCAAAACGGACGUGAAUGGAAACCUGCCGCCAAGCCCCAAGCUGAGCCCAGACGGGUCCAGGGCGGACCUCCAUCUGGACCUGGAGAAACGAGACCUAAACGGCAACUUCACCACCAAACCCUUCCACCACCACAAGGUGCGCAGCUCCCCUGACCUGGAGCUGCCCUCACCACACACCGGUUUCACUCAGCCUGGUGUGACUGACCGCCGGGACCCCCUUUCGCCGUCCAGCACCCUCACCAGCCAGGCACCUACUCCGUCUGUGGACAAGUCCCAGGUGGAGGACCGGGAGGGAAGACUUGGGACUCUCCACUUUGCCUUGGAGUACCAACCAGAGAAGAAGGCCUUCAUUGUCCAUAUUAAGGAAGCCCAUGGCCUGAGUCCGACUGAUGAGCAGUCGCUGACCUCUGACCCUUACAUCAAGCUGACGCUGCUGCCGGAGAAGAAGCACCGGGUGAAGACCAGAGUCCUGAGGAAAACGCUGGACCCAAUGUUUGAUGAGACAUUCAGCUUCUACGGGAUCCCGCUGGCCAGGGUGUCGGAACUGGCCCUCCAAUUCAUGGUGCUGAGCUUUGACAGAUUUUCCCGGGACGAAGUCAUCGGCGAGACGCUGGUGCCACUAUCAGGAAUCGACCUGUCUGAGGGCCGCGUGCUGAUGAGCCGGGAAAUCAUCAAGAGAAAUAUCAAGACGUCCUCUGGCCGAGGCGAACUGCUCCUCUCCUUGUGCUACCAGUCCACCACCAACACUCUGACUGUGGUCGUCCUCAAGGCCCGUCACCUGCCCAAGACUGACAACAACGGACCCACAGAUCCGUACGUAAAAGUCAACCUUUACCACGGAAAGAAACGGGUGUGUAAAAAGAAGACCCACGUGAAGAAGUACGCCCCCAACCCCGUCUUCAACGAGCCCUUCACCUUUGAGUUGCCCUCCGAUGAGGGGUUGAGAGACACCAGCGUGGAGCUGCUGCUGAUGGACUCUGAUGAGGGCAAAUCCCGCCGCCUGAAGCCGGUCCUCGGGCGCCUGGCGAUGGGUACGUCAGCAGCAGGUACUGCUGGCGAGCACUGGCGGGAGAUCUGCGAGCACCCACGCCGCCAGAUCGCCAAGUGGCACGCCAUGUCGGAGGAUUAACAUGCCAGAUGUUCCAUCUGGCACAACCAAUAGUGCAACCGAAUGAAGGUGGGCGGGAUUUAGCGUCCUGCUUAGCCUGUACACAUUGGACGUAAAGGCUGGGGGAGGAGACUGAAAUGAUGUCAUCAGUCAAUCAAUCAAUAAAUCACUCAUCUUUGAAGUUAUAGGUGUAAAGGGUGGAGGUGUGUCCAUCAUAGCCAUAGGAGCCCAAAGACUGUCGCCAACAUCAGCUGGUUAUCACUCACCUGGCAGGUCGUCAUGGUAACCGUGUGCUUCUCUUUCUUCCUCUUAAAUCGAAAGCCGUUAAGAAAAUGUGCAUUAUUUGCAUUUAUUUGACAAGACCGGAAAAAUAUGUAGAUUUGAUUGAUUUAUUAUUUUCUACUCUUCUGGGUGGACUUGUUGAACGUGUUUUGUAAGUAUAUUUGGUAUUCAUAUAGAGUUAAGACGUGAACCUAAAUUUGAGCGAGGAUUGCAGCAGACCAUGCAUUUUUUGUUUAGAGAACGUGCAAAGGAUUGCGUGUGUGCGUGCGUGUGUAUGUGUACAAUGUUUACUCUGUGUUGUGUCCCUCUACUGUGAGCACAAAGACAGCCGAAAUGGUCGUGUAAGUACCCGCAAAUUAAAUACUGCAAGAGAAGAGAA